GCAAAGUGGUGAUAAUUCGUUUUGGGCUGACAUAGCUCUGGUGUUUGUUUGUUUUUUCAGAUGUUGUCGCUUGGAUAAGUGGGACAGAACACGAGGGCAUCGUUCAUUUAAGAGGUAGCCUAAUGAGUGAUGUGGUAUUGAGAAGUCUUUGAACAGUUUGCUAUCUGCGGUCACUUCUUAUGCAGCAGAGCGAAAGAGAGAAAGAGGGAAGCAUUGAAGCUACUCUCUCUUUCAGCUUCGGAUAACCAUCGCUUUGUAUGCUGUAAAUGAUUCAUAUAUAUUUUUCGCAACCGAUCAUCUAUUUCGGUCCAAGUUUGGAGGGUGCAGAAACCACAUUGCGGAUGCAUCGAUUGCAAUCGAAAGGAUCCCUAUUCCCCAAACGGUUUGAAGGAUGAAACUACGUGCUGUGAAUUCAGAGUAAGACCUCAACUAAUUCUGGCUCGUUAUUUUUGGACCUAUCUGUAUGAUUGACUAUCCUACAAACCUGAAAUGGGACAAUAUAUAAUCGAAUAUAUAAUUUGACAAUAAUUUUGUCUGCUUGUUCGGGGCACUGAUUCCGAGACUCAAAAGGAUACCCGUGCCUAUAUAUAUGUUUUGAACUAACACCGCGUCAAUUAGACGACAUCCCUUCACAGUUUCCCUAUUGGCAUGCUGUAGGGUAUUUUCCCCCACAUGGAAUCAUGGCUUCGAUGUAUCAGAGGUUCACGGGCAAGAUCAACACCAAUAGAUCUUUCCCCAACCCACCUGAAGCUAGCCACCUACUCGGCGGGCAAACAGUUGAAGACGAGAAUACCGUGAAGAUCCCGCGCCCCUGUCAAGACGCACGGCCCCGUUUCCAAUGCCAACAACAGAGGAGCGCAUGUGGGGACGAAGAAGAGGAUGAGCUGGUGGGGAGUAACCCUCCUCAGAGGAACUGGAAGGGAAUUGCGAUUGCCCUGUUGGUCAUUCUGGUCAUCUGCUCUCUGAUCGUCACCUCAGUCAUCCUGCUGACACCAGGCGAGGAUGACAGCUUGGCCCUCAAGGGGAAACUGACCGUGGGGGACAUCUUUAGGAAGAACUUCAAGGUUCACGACCCUGAGGCCAAGUGGAUCAACAGUAAUGAACUACUCUAUCGCACACGUGAGGGGGAUGUUGUCAGGUUCAACAUGGAGACAUACGAGAGGACGGUAUUGGUGCACAACAAAAAGUUUGAAAUGUACAAAGCCAGCAAGUAUGAAGUGUCUCCUGACAUGAAGCAUGUGCUACUCGCCUACAACAUGGCACCAGUGUACCAGCACUCGUUCACUGCCUUCUACAUCAUCUGCAGCCUGGAGACUCCGGAGACAUGGAACCUGAACCCUCCAGAGGUGCGGAACGCCCAACUGCAGUACGCAGGCUGGGGACCCACGGGCCAGCAGCUGAUUUUCAUUUUUGAGAAUAACAUCUACUACCGUUCGACGGUGGAGAGCCGAUCGAUCCGCCUAGUCUCCACCGGCAAGGAGGGAGUCAUCUUCAAUGGGCUCAGCGAUUGGCUGUAUGAAGAGGAGAUCUUCCAGACCCAUAUUGCACACUGGUGGUCUCUGGACGGUGCCCGGCUGGCAUAUGCCACCAUCAACGACACCAUGGUGCCCAAGAUGGAGAUCCCCAUGUUCACAGGAACUACUUACCCUACUGGGAGGGAGUACCACUACCCUAAGGCUGGGGAGGAGAACCCAGUCAUCUCUCUGUAUGUGGUCAACCUGAAUGGGCCCCUGCACACCAUGGAGAUGAGGAGGCCUGAGGACCAGAGGAUGGGAGAGUACUAUGUCACCAUGGUGAAAUGGGCGACGACCACCAAACUGGCAGUGAACUGGUUAAACAGAGCCCAGAACAUAUCCAUGCUGACUCUGUGUCAGGCCACCACUGGCGUCUGCACCAAGAAACACGAGGACGAGAGCGAAAGGUGGCUACACAGGCAGAAUGAGGAGCCGCUGUUCUCCAAAGAUGGUCUGAAGUUGUUCUUCACCAGAGCCAUCCCACAGGGAGGCAGGGGCAAGUUCUUCCACAUCUCCAUGUCCAUCACACAGCCCAACACCAGCACAGACACGCUGCAGUCAAUCACGUCUGGAGACUGGGAUGUCACCCAGGUGCUAGCCUACAACGAGGACAGCCAGCUAAUAUACUUCUUGAGUACUGAGGAUGAUCCGAAGCGAAGGCACCUCUAUAGUGCGGACACGGUGGGCCCCUUCAACAGACGCUGUCUCUCCUGUGACUUCUACGAAAGCUGUGGCUACGUCACAGGCUCCUUCAGCCACAACAUGAGCCUCUUCCUCCUCAGCUGCAAAGGCCCUGAUGUCCCGUUUGUAGCUGUGUACAGCACACAGGACAGACAGAAGGUGUUUGACCUGGAGACCAAUGAGAAUCUGAGGAUUAGGCUGGACUCCAUGCAGAUGCCCCACGUGGAAUACAAGGAGAUCACCAUGGAGGAUUACACACUAACGAUGCAGAUCCUCAAACCUGCCAGCUUUGUGGACUCAUCUCACUAUCCUCUGCUCCUCCUCGUUGACAGCACCCCCGGUGGUCAGAUGGUAUCAGAGCUGUUCCAAAUGGACUGGGCCACGGUGUUGGUGAGCAGCUUCGGGGCCAUGGUGGUACGCUUCGACGGGCGGGGCAGCGGCUUCCAGGGGACCAACCUGCUGCACCGCGUCCAGAGGAAGCUGGGCGUGUUCGAGGAGAGGGACCAGCUGGAGGCCCUCAGUAUAAUAUCUAAAGAGCCCUACGUUGACAAGACCAGGAUUGGAGCUUUCGGCAAAGUUUAUGGAGGCUAUGUGACCAGCCUGUUACUCAGCGCUGAGGAUUCCCCGGUGAAAUGUGGUGUAGCCCUCUCACCCAUCACGGACUUUGACCUAUACGCAUCAGCUUUUUCAGAGAGAUACCUGGGAAUGCCCAAGCCUGACCCAAGAGCAUAUGCGAUGGCAAAUCUAGCACACAGGGCAUCACAGUUCCUAGACAAGAAGUUUCUGAUUGUUCAUCCAACAGCAGAUGAAAAAGUACAUUUCCAGCACACAGCUAAAUUCAUCUCCCAGCUGAUCAAUGAAAAAGCAAACUACACUCUACAGAUCUACCCAGACGAGGGCCAUUUCAUCCACAGCGAGGCCACGCAGCAGCACCUCAGCCAGUCGCUGGUCAACUUCUUUGAGGAGUGUUUCCGGCUACCGGACAAGGUGUUCGAGGAGAGACAGGAGGAGGAGAUUGAGGAAGAGGGUUAGCCCAGACAAAACCAACACCCCAAAACAGAGCUCCAGUCUACGCCUAAGCACAAUUCCAGCCCCCAUACUUGGUUUCACAAUCCACAUAAUAUGCAACCUUCUCUUGGUUUCAACCCUCUUUAGUUAUUUUUUUUUCAAUUUUCACCUUCUGUGUUCCCCCUGCUUUUCCACAUGAUCAACCCUGAGACUGCCGCGUUGCAGAUCAACCCUGAGACUGCCGCGUUGCAGAUCAACCCUGAGACUGCCGCGUUGCAGAUCAACCCUGAGACUGCCGCGUUGCAGAUCAACCCUGAGACUGCCGCGUUGCAGAUCAACCCUGAGACUGCCGCGUUGCAGAUCAACCCUGAGACUGCCGCGUUGCAGAUCAACCCUGAGACUGCCGCGUUGCAGAUCAACCCUGAGACUGCCGCGUUGCAGAUCAACCCUGAGACUGCCGCGUUGCAGAUCAACCCUGAGUUGCCGCGUUGCAGAUCAACCCUGAGACUGCCGCGUUGCAGAUCAACCCUGAGACUGCCGCGUUGCAGACGCUUGCUUAUCUCCUCAUCCUCAGUUUUUCUCCUCCUCUCCCUCACCUUUUGAUUCAGCACGACUCCACAAGAGACUAUCGGCAGCCAUUUUUUUGACAUCGACACAAUGAAUACAUUACGAUGAAGGACCACUAGCUGAUGUCAUAUCUGGAACGUGUUGAAAAGGUGCCAGGAAUAGGCAUUCUCUGGUCAUUUUAUGUUUAAAAGGACAAGCUCCUUGGAUUCCAAACAACUGGUGGGAGGGAAGGAACAUCAAAAUCCACACACAAACUUUACCAGUCAGUGAGGAGGGAAGACUUUAUCGCACAAACUUUACCAGUCAGUGAGGAGGGGAGACUUAAUAGCACAAACUUUACCAGUCAGUGAGGAGGGGAGACUUAAUAGCACAAACUUGUGGUCGAAGAUACAGACUCCACAUGGUAUCUGACGGGUCAAACUGGCUCCAGCCCAGUGUCUGGGGUGUGGGUGUCUGUGGAGAAGGGAAUGCUCCUAUUUUGAAAAUCUUGAAGAGACCUUUUCAUGUCGGACUGUGCUUGUGUCGGUUGUCCCUUUGUCAAGUAGCACAUUAAACAUUCCUUUCUUUGGACAUCGAAACUUUGUUUUUUCAGUGUUCAAGUUUAUCUUGGAAUCUUCUUGUAGCCUCAAGUAUGUAUUUAAAUGGUGUAGUCUUCAUUUUUCCAUGUCAUAAAAAGGAUGUGAACCGAAUCAGGUUUGUUCUUGAUUCACUUUGUCUUGGUUUUGUUGCAAAUUGUUCUCCUCCAGUCAUUUGAAAUUCGAAGCAUAAUAUAUUUUAGUCACUGUGCCUUACUUUGGGAGCAAGCGGUCCUUUUUAUGGACUCCUUUUGUGAAAACAAAAUACAACAUGGAUCAUUGUAAAGAAAUGUUCUGUUGACCAUGACACCAACUACUGAUGGUUAAACCUUCACUCUGAACUUUGAACACGUUGUAAUGUUGUCAUAGAGUACGUAUGGAAUUAUGUCAAGUAAGAAAUGGUCUUCUCUAGUUCCAAAUAUAACCAAUUUCCAAAAUGGUUGUAAACAGUAGUAGUUGCAUGUAUCCUUACAUUAUUUUACAGAUGUUGAAAUGGUAAUGAAAUUGUUUGUCUGGCUAACGACCACAUAAAAUGGUUAUGUUUUAGUAAAUGUUGUGGCAUUCCAACCCCUCUCAGUAUUACAAUUCAAACCCAUGGGUGGGUUUGAGGUGCCACUUUAAAAUUGGUGGUGUUGUAUGGCCAAAAGUAGUAGUAGUAGUACAUUUGUGUAUAUAAGGUCAUUAAUAGCUUAGAAUCAUUAUCACAAUCUUUACACUAUGAAAUACAAAGGAAUUCUAAAAAUUUGAAUUCUUGAGGCACGAGUCUGCAUUUUUAAUUUGUCAUUUUAUCUGAAUGCUCAUUCCUGUUACUUUGUCAAUGCAUGUUAUCAAGUUAUUUGCAACUCAAUGCAAUCUUCAAUAGCUCCAUUUCAAAAUAGUAUUUUUGACAUCUUGAAUGUUCCAUACUGGCAUUACAUUUACAGUAGUAUCGUGAUUGAGAUCCCAGUCUCGUCAGCUUGAUGUGUAAAUGUUACUCAAAUGUCAUUUUAGUCUCUUAAUAUCUGAGUGUUAUUUGUGCAUAAAUGCAUUUUGAAAGUUACAUGUAUUUUUGUUCUCCUGUUUCUGUCCUUGGUUUGAGUUUAAAGUGGACGUUGCUAUCGUCAGUGGCUCUGGUGAACUUUCUGACACUGGAGAUUGAACGUGAAGAUGGACUUUUGUCAAGUGACCCAAAAUAUUACAAGAGACAACUGUGGCAUGGGGGUAAAUAUUAGAAUAAAAAGUUGUUUAUC